AUGGGAAGCCGGGUAGGGGAAAAGGAAAGCGAAAGGAACGCCGGGCCGGCCCGCACAAAGCCGGAGCACGUGGGUCGGGGCGGAGGAGGAGGAAGCCCGGCACGCCCCGCCCCCUUCCUGCGGCCGACCGCCGACGGCGGAGCGCCCGGUUCGAACCCUUGCCUGGGCCACGCGGACUUCCAGGAGCUCAGGAUGAUGUUGCUCGGUGAGGUGAACCCCCCCGCCGGCCAAGCGGACAAAACGCCCAAGGGUGGCUCCGAGGAGGUCUCGGGGCGCGGCUUGUUGGGGGCGAAACACGGUGAGAGCUUUGCUGGGGUGAGCAAAGGGAGCGUAGUGGUUGAGCGUGUGGCGAUGGCAGCCGAGCCCAGAUCGAAAUCUGCAGUCAGAGUUCGAUUGGAGGACAGAUUCAACAGCAUCCAGACAGAAAACCCCAGAUGCCAAGAACCCCAAGAAUCUGGAGUGACUCUUAACAACUUGGUAACAUUGAUUCGGCAGCCGUCAGAGCUGGUUGGCGUCCCCCUUCAUCAGCAUCAGAACAAGUGUGCAGCGGUGGUGAAAAACAAGAGCACGCCCACCACGCCUUCUCCACAGUUCACACAUCCACUCUUUGCCAUGAGUGCUGCUGGAACUGCUAAUUCCUCACAGGCUCAGGCCUCUGGAACAUCUUGUGCUAUCUUGGAAUCUGCCAAACAUCAAGAGAUUGGGAUUCCCAGAACAUACUCUUUCUGUUACCAUCAGGAAAUGGAAUCCACAAAACAGACAGUAGGUGCUAUGAAUAAAGCUUUGCCUGAGGAAGUUUGGAUUAAAGUUGGAGAAGACACCUUAUGCAAGCAAGCGAUAAACAAAAGAAGUUGCAGCCGAAUAAGCCCAAUGGAUGCAAACAUAGAUCGCAAACCUCUUAGUGAGAUACAAAAUAUGCGAGAUAGCCAGAGUACUGCAGCUGCCCAGGGCCCCUGGCAGUCAGCACAGUCACAUUCAAGUGUGCAGGUACAGAGUGGUACGCAGGAAGGAGUUACUCAGCGAAGAGAAAGACAUAACCGCAUGGAGAGAGACAGAAGGCGCAGAAUCCGGAUUUGUUGUGAUGAACUGAAUCUUCUGGUUCCAUUCUGCACUGCUGAUACUGAUAAAGCAACAACCUUGCAGUGGACAACUGCAUUUCUGAAGUAUAUUCAGGAAAAGCACGGCGAUUCUCUGAAACAGGAAUUUGAGACUGUGUUCUGUGGCAAAACAGGCAGGAGACUGAAAGUGCCCAGAUCGGAUUCGUUUGUAACAUGUCCAGUUCAGGAGAACGUGCAGCAUGGCUACGGAGACCAAGUGGCCUUGAAUUGUCUAAGUGUGGAUAAAUAAGGAAUGACCCAAACUGUAUUUAUCUCUGUUUACAUGCAGGGCUUUGGCUUUUUGUGAUUAAUUUAUUUGAGAAGAUCUGGGAGUGACUUGCAAAACUAUAACUUGUAAAAACACAUAAAUAGAGCUUUAAAGAAAACAUUCAUCAUUCAAAAUGAAAAUGUAAAUUGACUGCCAGCAAUAUAAAUCAGUGUUCUGUUAAAGGGGCUUUGGGACUAGAGAAAACAAGAAAAUGCCUUGGCAGCUAUUAAUUAUUUUUCUUCUUUUGCUCCUUUUCUGUUCGUGGUUCUGCUUUGUAUUUUUUCCCCUUCUUUUUCCUUUAAGGUGAUACAGUACAGUUAAGAAUUGUUGUAGAAGAUCACCCUGUCUUGUUACUUUAAUAACUACGUGCAAAUAUAUCCUUUAAGUGUAAAAAGAAAUGUAAGGUACUGUAUUAAAAUGCCCAUUUUUCUCAUUAAAAGUUUGAAAGUUAUGUAGGUUAAUUGAAUAAGUGCAUAGUUUCUAAAUUGCACUGCUAUGAUGGAGUUUGUUUGCUGUACUUCAACAUAUUUGACCCCAAAGAUUAGUACAAAGCUAUUAGCAUUGUUUUUAGAGUGGUGCAUUACUUUAAUGCAUUUCACACAACUGUCCAACAGUUUCUUGUAUUGUUUAGUCCAAAAAUGGCAUAUUGUAAACAGCAGAUUAUUUAAAUGUACAAACUAUCUUAAUAUUUAAAGACUAGCUCUAUUGUUGAUAAGCUUCAGCAUUUAGGGCAGAGGUAGAAUAGUGUCUGAGCUUUAUUAAUUUCAGUGAUAAUAGAUGAUGCCAGCAGGUUUUGAAGUACGAAAAGGUCUCCCAAAGGAAAUACUGUUUGAAAUCACGGAUAUUGACAAUUUUGCAGCAAUUUAUUUCCAAACAAUCCUAGGAAAAAACAGUUUUGGAAUAUAGAGUUCAUUUUCAUGUGUAUAGUGACAUUUAUAACAUCACAAAGAAAGGGUUAAAAAAAAAAUCUCCUUUUAUUUUUACAACAGUUCAUACAAGUCUUUUUUUGGCUGAACUUCAGAAGAGCAUCCUUCCUUCCUUACUUGGGGUUUCUUUCAUGAUUACUGUGCAAAUAGCUUAAGUUGAGGACAUGAAAAUGCUGUUACUUAACUUCCUUUGCUAUCAUAUGGAAAUACAAAAACUCUCCCCCGUAAAUUAAAAUAUAUACAUUACACCUUUUGCAGAAUUUGAUUGCAAGAGGCUUAGUAAUUACUAGGCUGGGCAAAUAUUUGAGGUGCGGUCUGAAUACUGAUAAUAGGCAGCAUAUACCUAAGCUAUGGUCUUAGCCCAGAGUGUUAAGGUGUUAAAAUACUGGAUGCUUAAAUGCCUUAUGUCCACUGCUGUAAGCAGCAGUUAGGUGCCUGAAACCUGAACAAGGUGGAUGUUAGUGCACAAACCUGCAUGGCUGAAGUCAGUGGGAGCAGCACCGAGGAAUUCAAUUGACAAAGGCUCAAACAUUUGUACAGAAAAGCUGCACUAGCGCAGCUUGGAGAUGAUGGUAAAAAGGAACACUUCCUCUUGCUGGUCUCUUCAACACAGGGAGGCAGGGAAGAAGGUGAGGUGAUUUAGAAGUAAAAGUAUUGGGGGAGAAGGAAAAAAAUGCUCAUAAAGCAUCUUUAGUUACGGUUUUCAUCUGAUGCUUUCUUUUUCAUAGAACUGAAUUAUUGUGUCAAAGUCUCCACUUAAAAUAACAGGAGGAACAUCUGUCCAUUUAUCACUAGGAAGAUUGUCUGUUUUCUUACAAUGCACUGUUUAUUUAAAUAUUCAGUCACUUCUCCACUUCUUGUACUCUUAUGACUUUUUGGAAGUCGAUGCUCCGACAGCUCCCAUGCAAGCUGAUGUGUCACAUAUGCCUGGAGUUCCCUGAGCCCCAACAGCACCAGGAGUACCAGGAUCCCCUGGAAGACCGGGUUCACCCUGAGCACCAUCCCGACCAUUUUUACUAAUUCCAGGUACACCAGGAAGUCCUAAACAAGAAGGGGGAAAAACAUUACAUGUAAUAUUUCCUGACUUUCAUUUAAAAAAAAAAAUUAUAUAUAUAAUUUUCAAAGUUCUUAAAUACUUUGAGUAUCUGUAUAUCAGACUUGUUAUCACUUGUUGAAUACAAGAUGUUGAAUAAAUUCACCCUGAGUCUGCAA